UGAGGUAACGCUCGCGACUUGCCUUCCGUUCUAUCCCUUUGCAUUUGCUAUAGUUGUAUUUUGUGAUCGAAACGGGGAAGAAAGCAGUUAUAAUCGAAUGAAGAAAAGAUAGUCUUACAUAUAACAGAUUUAGACAGAUGCGUUUUGUUCUCUUUUUUUGGUCUGGAUUUUUAAUCGGCAAACCGGUUUGUUUAAAUUCCUUGUUUGGAGGCGUCUGGAUAUCAUCAAACCAAGCUGCUUUAGAAAGAAACGUAAGUUAUUCAAGGUGUAUCGGGAGUUUUUCGUGACAAACGUUGAAAAGUGACUUUGAUGAGGAUGGUGGAUUCGGAUUUUCUAGUGAUUAUACACCUGGUCAUGCUAGGUUUUUGGACAUGUGAAGCUCAAGUGUGUGGUCAGCCUCCCAUAACUAACAGGAUUGUUGGAGGAACUAAUGCACUGGAGGGUGCUUGGCCAUGGCAAGUAGAUAUUCAGACCAGCGUGGACGGUCAUAUUUGUGGAGGUUCCAUCAUCUCCGAAUACUGGGUUUUGUCUGCGGCACAUUGCUUCACACAGCCAAUAACUCCGUCAAUUUAUCUGCUUUACCUGGGCCGGUACUAUCUCAAUGGCAAUAACCAAUAUGAACAGCAAAAGAGUGUGGCUAACGUGGUGAUUCUGAAUGGAUAUACAGAUACCGAUCACGGCAAAGACCUGGCUCUGGUGCAGCUAGAUAGCCCAGUCACCUGGUCAGACUACAUUCAGCCAAUCUGCCUGCCUUCUGCCAGCACCCUGUUCCCUGAUGGAAUGCUCUGCUAUGUCACCGGCUGGGGCUAUACCCAGGAGGGUGUUUCCCUUAGUGGUGCGGGGAUCCUACAGCAAGUGGGAGUGCCCAUCAUUGAUCAAAAUUCCUGCCAAGCAAUGUACCAGAUUGGGACAGGUAGCCCUGUGUCUAUUCUGUCAGACAUGAUCUGUGCUGGCUAUCAACAGGGUGGCAAAGACUCUUGUCAGGGGGAUUCAGGCGGACCUCUCGUGUGCCAAGUGAUAAAUAAUACUUGGGUGCAAGCUGGAGUGGUGAGCUUUGGGGAUGGUUGUGCCCAGACCAACCGACCUGGCAUCUAUACCAAGCUGUCCAGCUACACUGACUUCAUCACAAGCAAUGUGCCUGAUGCCCAGGUGAUUGGAGGGGCUUCUCACAUUUGGGUGAGCGGGACGGUGGUGCUAGCCAACAUUUUGGCCUCCCUGGUUGCUGUGGUGCUGUUGCGUUAAGCCUCCAGUCAGGCUUAAUGGCCUAAGUCUAUGCACUGACAGGCAAAAUGGAUCAUGCUGCACUGAACCAAACAUCUUAAUACUACUCAGGCCCUGCAGUGACAACUCCAUAGUGCACUGGACAGCAUACUGUAUUGUUUUAAGUUGUCCUGUCAUUCUCUAUAAAAAGCAGCAUCCACAUAGCAAUGCUUUUUAUAAAUCAUGCCAACAUCAAUCAAUUGUAUUGUUCACUGCCUUCUUGUAUUAAAUAGCUUUUAAUUUAGUUAUUUCUUAAUAAUGCCUUAAACUGUGCAUCAGAUGUUUCAAUCUCAUUUGACAAAAUUGUCCUAAAUUUUGUAAUGUAUUUUUUUUAGCUUGUUACAUCUAUGUAUGCAUUGGUAAAUAGCUUUUUUUAAAAAUAUUUUUUAGAAAAGCAGAUGCAGCUUAAGCUGAGAUAAAUGGUUAGGAAACUGCUACGUAAAAGUGUCCUAACAAAAAUAUAUACAACCCUGACGAUUCACCAAAAUGAUUUAAUGAAAAUUUCUGUGUUGCAUUGUUCACUUUGACUCCCCUCCCUAAAUAUAAAAUAGAAAUAUAAGCUGAAUAUGCAUAAUUUGUUUCUUUAUCUCACUACUUUAGAUUUUACAUAUUUCUGUAGUAAUGUGCACAAGAUGUGCCGUAUAUGUGACGACUUCUGAAAUCAUUUGAAAAUAUUUACUAAAUAUUUUUAACCAUCAUGGAUAUAAAUAAAAGUUAAUUGCUUUCCUUUU